AUGGCAUCAUCAGAUUCUUCUAAGAGCGCAUAUUCGGGAUCGUCCAGAAAUUCCUUAACAUCAACGGUUCUGUGGAAUCAAGAGGCAUUCGAUACGUUCCGGUUCAGCGUCCACAUAUUCGCGCUAAAUAAUAUUUGGCCCGAUGCAACUCACAACGACAUAAUAGUCGAGAGAUUGCGAGGAGGUGGAUUUAACCGAAUCAUUGGGUUAACACGGAGAGGAAAUAGUCGUACGAACUCCGCCGAAGUCCAAUAUAUCUUACGGAUUCCCCGACACAAAGAUGCACACGUAGACCGCGACGUCGCCUCUCUCGAGUUUCUAGAGAGGCAUACUAAAAUAUCAGUACCCAAAGUCAUAACAUUCGAGCACACCGCAGAAAACGAAUUAGAGUCUCCCUACAUGAUCCAGAAUCGUAUUGCAGGUGUUGACGUAUUAUCGGGCUUUCCUAAGCUUGAUCACAUCGGAAAAUUAAGAUUCGCACUCGAACUCGGGAACGUUUUCCGCCAGCUCCUAGCCGUCAGAAGCCACACGGCUGGCUCUUUAGUUUUCUCAUCGCUCGAUGACGACCUCAGGGCAGAGUUCAGUGUUAUACCGUAUAGGUCCGAGGGUAAUAAUUUGGCAGUACCAUACAGCAAUACCAAAGCCACUACGCAAACAGUACGCGAUCUACUCUUAAACAACUUUGGGGAUCAAAUGGCACGUAUCUCAAAGUAUCUCCCUAAGGCAUCACCCAAGCUGAGUCUUUUGGGCCAGCUUUGCUCCAUGGUAUGGGAGUUGGAAGACGGAGGUUGGUUUAACAACGUCGACUACUGCCUCGCCCAUCUGGAUCUUGCUCCUCGUAACAUAUUAAUCAACCCAACAUCCGACCUAAAGCAGCCUAUAAUAUCAGCGGUUCUCGACUGGGAUAGCGCUGUAUUCGGACCAAAGUUUAUGGCGUGCGCGCCACCUCUCUGGGUAUGGAAUUGGUUAGAUGACGAAGAUGAAGACGAGCGAACAGCUAAUGACGUUCCACCCACGGCGGAAGGACGUCAACUCAAGAGAGCAUUUGAAAUAGCUGCUGGGAAAGAUUAUAGGCGAUUCGCAUAUCACCCUGCGUAUCGGCUGGCAAGGAGGCUCGUUAGGUUUGCGAUUGAAGAUGGAGUACAAUCAAACGAAGACUGGAGAGAUGCUGAAGAGAUGCUAGAAGAAUGGAAGACUAUUAAGUAG